UCGUCGGAGCAAAUACUGGUAAAAUAUGCAAGUAAGGUACCUACCUAUUCCUUUGUAUCAGAAAACAGAACAAAACAAAGAACCAAAAGAGAACCUCCCAGUGGCAGUGGGGUCCCUCAACGGCCGUGGUUUAAUUUCUCAUUGGUGCGCCUGGCAUCCAUCAAUUCCCCUUGGGCUGGGCUUGGUGAUGAAUGACACUGCAGAUUGCGGAGCCAAGAUUUCACAUAUUGCUAUAGGCAUUGGUGGCACUGGUUAGCCUAGUCCUAAUACAAUCGGCAAUACCCAGUAAAACUUCGGUCGGGAUGGGCAACGCAUCCACAUGGAUCAUUGUACAGUAUCGGGGACCCUAACGGUUUGCAGAUAGUGGUGAGGCGGGAAUCCAGGACUGCGGAGUUUUUAUGUCUGUAUAAAUCCCGCGCGCCCUCCUUCUAGCCAUGAGGAAGGAGGGCAACCUGAUUCUGGUUCUAGUAUUAUUGCUCCUUCCUUUUUGACGAGAAUAUAAUUGCCUAUUUCCCCUCAUCUCACCUGUAUCUAUCUGCUCUUCGAAAUCUGUGUUUUCUUGACUUGUACAACCCGAUUUGAUACCCCAGAAACCCAGCAAUCAUGGCGUCGCCAACGAUGAAGCUGAACAACGGCCUGGACAUGCCGCAGGUCGGAUUCGGUCUCUGGAAGGUCGAGAACAGCGUCUGCGCCGACGUGGUCUACAACGCCAUCAAGGCCGGAUACCGCCUGUUCGACGGUGCCUGUGACUACGGCAAUGAAGUCGAGUGCGGCCAGGGCGUCAAGCGCGCUAUCGAUGAGGGUCUCGUCAAGCGUGAGGAGCUCUUCAUCGUCUCCAAGCUCUGGAACACAUUCCAUGACGGCGAGCGCGUUGAGCCCAUCGUCAAGAAGCAGCUCGCCGACUGGGGCAUUGAAUACUUCGACCUGUACCUGAUCCACUUCCCCGUGGCCCUCGAGUAUGUCGACCCUUCGGUCCGCUACCCGCCGGGCUGGCACUACGACGACGCCGGCACCGAGAUUCGACCCAGCAAGGCCAGCAUCCAAGAGACAUGGACCGCCAUGGAGAAGCUCGUUGACGCCGGCCUGAGCAAGGCCAUUGGUGUCAGCAACUUCCAGGCCCAGCUGCUGUACGACAUGCUCCGCUACGCCCGCAUCCGUCCCGCCACCCUGCAGAUCGAGCACCACCCCUACUUGGUCCAGCAGAGGCUCAUCGAGGCCUGCAAGACCGAGGGCAUCGUCGUCACUGCAUACUCUUCCUUUGGCCCUGCCAGCUUCAAGGAGUUCAACAUGGAGCACGCCGAGGCUCUGACCCCGCUGCUUGAGGAGCCCACCAUCGUCAAGCUGGCCGAGAAGUACGGCAAGGACCCGGGACAGGUCCUUCUGCGCUGGGCCACCCAGCGUGGCCUCGCCGUCAUCCCCAAGUCAUCGCGUGAGAAGACCAUGAAGAGCAACUUUGAGGCUGUCGGCUGGGACAUGGAGGACUCCGACAUCAAGACCAUCUCGGCUCUUGACAAGGGCAUCCGCUUCAACCAGCCCGCAAAUUACUUCUCCACCGACAAGCUCUGGAUCUUUGGUUGAAUGCACAUAACAAAGCGCAAAACUAUCCGAGUCCCACAGUCUAGGGGUAGCUUUGCAUUUUGGGUGUUGGGAUUAUCGUGGCCAAGAUACGUCGGGGCCCACUGAGCAUGUCCCUGUAGACUUUGGUCGUACAUUCAUAGCAUCAACCGAAAGCUUGUUAAAUAUGACACUCUCGUUAUGACGCCCAUGGCUGCAUCUUAAAAUGUAAAACGUGCUGAGGAA